AUGGCCGCUGCACAGGACCGGUCAAAGGAGGGACAGCCCGGAGAGCGGUUCGACAAGAUCAGCUAUGCCGACUUGAGCGACGAGGGAGAGUGGAAGAGGCUGGGCAAGGGUUCGUUCGGGAGUGUGUACAAGGGCGAGUAUCUGGGCAUUGAGGUCGCCAUCAAGGAGGUCUUGCCGAGUACUGAUUACGACGUGGAGAAGUACCUGGCGAGGGAGAUCAGCCUGAUGCAGCAAGCGCGCCACCCCAACGUCGUCCAGUACCUCGGACUCUGCCUCGCACCUCCUGCCGACUCGAGCUCCUCGCCUCGCCCCCGAAUCCUCAUCAUUUCCGAGUUCCUCCCCCGCGGCAACCUCCGCCAAUUCAUCCUCGACCGCUCACUCCCCUUCCCCUGGCGUCUCCGCGUCUCCUUCGCGAUAGACAUCGCCCGAGCGAUCGCCUACUUGCAUGCUCGGAACGCCAUGCACCGGGACUUGAAAGGCGAGAAUCUGCUGGUGACGAGUAACGAGCGGCUCAAGAUUUGUGAUUUUGGACUGGCGAGGGUCGCGCCGAGCGGUGGAGCGGAGAAUGAGGAGUGGAAGAGGAUGACGCUCUGCGGGACGGACGGUUACAUGUCUCCCGAGAUCCUGCUCGGCCAGCCCUUCGACCUCCGCACCGACAUCUUCUCCCUCGGCGUCCUCUUCGUCGAAAUCGCCUCGCGCCAACUCGCCUCGCAGCACCAGUUCGUCCGCCAACUUCCCGACUACGGCAUCUCUGCUGAAGAAGUCUGGUCGUCCGUCUCGCCCAAUGCGCCAACCUCGUUCGUCGAGCUCGCGCUCGAGUGCUGCUCGACUGAGCCGAACAAGCGGCCGGAUGCGAAGGCGAUUCUGCGACGACUGCGCGAUGUUGAGCAGGAAGUUGCGCAGCUCGAAGCGCAGGGACUUGGUGGUGCGGACGCUCACUCGCGAGGCGGGUUGGGCUCGAUGGCAGCUAACGUCGGGAGCGUCUCCUUCGCCGGGACGACGAAGCGAGGGUCCAUCAAGCACGCCAACGGACUCGGUCAAGGCUCGACUCGCCCUUCCGCUCCUCGCCUUCCCAGCUUCGAAGGGCAGAUCAACCUCCGACUUGGCAGCUCGUUCGUCUCUUCCGCCUCCGACCUUCCCGACCUCCCUUCGUCUUAUGGGCCGGAUCAGACCGCCCUUCUCCACGGUCACGCUCGCGCGCCCUCGUCAGCAGGCCAGACGGACGACGAAGACGACGACGAGGCGUUGCUCGCCAUCGCAGAUGCCGACGUCCCGAUCGACUCGCUCGACAUGCGUCCCGACUCGGCUUACUUUGCCAACCUGCGAGCUGCGGAGACUGUCGACGACUCGAACGACUACUCGACGAGCGUCGUCAAGCCGAGUAGCAGGAUCGUCGCGAGUCGGAUUGGUGUUGCUGGCGGUCCGUACGGGCGACUUGGCAGCUCGAGCGGCAGUACCCUCCUCCUUGUCUCCGACGAACACGAGCGAGGUGGGAGUCUUCCAAGUCUGCCGCCGAGCUGGAUCGCGGCGUCGGAAAAGUCGUCUGCUCCGCUCGAAGGAGGCGAGGACGAAGGCACGCCCACAGUCAUCGCGCCGACUCGUCCGCGCUCGAAGGAUGCGCUCGACGAUCCUGCAUCGUUCUUGACGGCGCGGACGUCGACAUUGUCGGUCGCUGAAGCCGUUGUCGGUGGAACAGCUGGAGAGGCAGACGACGAGGCGCGCGACGUCUUUUACUCGACGUUCCAGCACAUGCCGGCGCCUGCAGCGGACCCAGAUGUUCCUCGCGAAGCGCCGCACCGCUUCUCGCUGAUCCGACCCGGCCUGCAACGCUUCUUCGGCUCCCUCACUGCCUCGCCCAGCGCUUCCUUCGCCGACCACUCUGCAGGACUCGGCGCGGCAAACAAGCGUGCAAGCUGGGACGCCGGGAGCGCGAGUUCGUCGCAGGCUGGGCAAGGGAGGUGCGGGCAGUGCGAGAAGAAACUUGGGUUGAUGAAGGCCUACCUGAGCUGCGAUGACUGCGGCCUUGCGGUCCACAUCAAGUGCUCCGACAUGAUUCCUCCUACCUGCCCAGCCAGCACUUCCGCCGCCGCGACUCCCACCGUCCUCUCUCCGCCUCUUUCGCCGACCUCGCCCAGCUUCCCUGCAGCGAAACCGCAGAGACCGACCCGCGCUGCCCCUCCGCCGCCCUCUUCAGCGCAGGACAGGUCGAGCAAGCUGGUCAAGAAGCACCGCGGCGGGUCAGGCGGAGCUGGCGGCUCAUCCAGUUCGCCCUUGGCCGCCUUGAACGCCUAG